AUGAAGCCCGCACCCAUGAAAAAAGACUCAAGCAAGAGAGACAUGACAAAGUUUUGUCGUUUUCAUGGGGAUUAUGGUCAUGACACCAACGAAUGCAAUAAUUUGAAGCGGGAAAUUGAAUUUUUGAUAAGAAAGAAUAAUCUGCACGUACAAAAAUAUGUCAAGGCUGACCAAAAUCAAAGGGCCAACAACAAUCAAGAUUUACUACCACCACCAGUAGAUGGACAUUUGCAAAUCAUCAUUGGAGAUCCGCACAUAGCUGGAAAUUCAGGAAAAGCCCGGGAAAGGUAUGCUCGAACAUUACAGCAUGAGCAAGAAGAAGUGAUUUUGGUCGCCGAAAAGAGGAAGCCAAAGAUACUACGGGCAGGAGAACCCACCAUAACAUUUAGUGAUGAAGAUGCUGUCAUGAUUAAUUUCCAGCACAAUGACCCUUUGGUUGUGGAAGUCUAG